GCUUGGUUAUAACACUGUUGAAUCGUCAUCCUAUAUUCAAAAUGUUGAACAAGAUUGUCGAAAUUCUCAAAGGAGAAAUAUUGUGAGUUUUGAGAUUGAUCAUAGAGAUGAUGACAACUUUUUCGAACAAGAGCUAUCUCUUGCUUCUGAUGCUUCUCAAAUGCUUCCUAUUCUGAAUGAUGAAGAUGAUAUCUCAACAUUUAAUCAGCAAACUGCUCACAUUGGGACCAGUUUUGUUGGAGAUAAUUCAACUUCUACGCAUUUUGAUUCAAAUCAAUAUAAUAUUCCUCUAAAUCUAGGUGGGCCAAGAUAUGUGUGUUGUUUUUGCGGUGCACAGAUGUGGUAUGAAGAAAGAAAAAAUAAGUCAAGGAAUGAGCGGAAUCCGAGAUUUACCAUGUGUUGUAUGGAGGGCAAAGUGUCUCUGCCACCUUUCAAGCAAACACCUUCAUUAUUGGCUACAUUGCUCAAUUACAAAGGUGGUCGAACUGCUUAUAAAUUUAGACACAACAUACGGGUUUACAAUUCGAUGUUUCAGUUCACAUCUAUAGGUGGUAAAAUAGACAGUGAAAUUAAUAGAAGGCUAGGCCCAUAUGUCUUUAAGAUCAAUGGGCAAAAUCAUCACAAGAUAGGUUCUUUGCUACCUGUUGAUGGUGAAAGAUCGAAAUUUGCGCAAUUAUACAUUUAUGAUACUGAGAAUGAAGUGUCUAACAGAAUUAAUGCAUUGGGAUAUGAUGUUCAACAAUCUGGUGUCGAAGAGAAUAUUGUGAAGGAAUUAAUGGAAAUGCUUGACCAAACUAAUCAAAUUGUCAAAGCUUUUCGAAUGGCCAAGGAACGGUUUAAAGAACCUGAUUACAUACCAGUUAAAUUGAGAUUGAUUGGUGCACGAAUGAAUGAUGGUCAGCAAUAUACAAAUCUUAUCUCUUCAGAAGUUGCUGCACUUAUUGUGGGAGAUGUAGAUCAAUUGAUUGACAAGCGUGACAUAAUCAUUGAACAUAGAUCUAAUGGUUUGCGAAGGAUAAGUGAUUUGCAUCCAGCAUUUAUGCCUAUGCAGUAUCCACUGUUAUUUCCUUACGGAGAAGAUGGCUUUCAUCUUAAUAUUCCAUACCAAAAGUGGAAUCACACAACCAAAACGAAGCGAGGGACUGUGACUGCAAGAGAGUUUUAUGUUUACAUGCUUCAAUUUCGCUUGAAUCAAGGUUUCACAUUGUUCUUGGGUGGAAAACUUUUUCACCAAUAUAUAACUGAUGCAUUUACAAGCGUUGAAGGAAUGAGAUUGGAUUAUAAUUUGAGGAAUCAAAAGAAGUUCAGAACUGAAAUUUUUCAGGGAGUAGUCGAUGCUUUCACAAGAGGUGAUACAGAUGGAAACAUGAUUGGGAAACGAAUAAUUUUGCCAGCAAGCUUUACUGGAGGGCCACGUUAUUACAUGCAAAAUUAUCAGGAUGCCAUGGCAAUAUGUACAUAUUAUGGAUACCCGGAUCUCUUUAUCACCUUUACAUGUAAUAGUAGAUGGCCAGAAAUAAUUGCAGCAUUGAAGUUCAUUGAUGGACAACGAGUGGAAGAUAGACCAGAUAUUAGUUGGUAG